CAAAAUUAGAUGCAUAUCCUUUAACAUUAAGACAUCGAGCAUAUAAGUCCUUCUUUUUUCAUUUGAUGCCUUCUUUUUCAAUCGCAAUAAGACAACAAUUGUAUGUUCAUCGAGCUGUUCCUAUCCAUUGCCUGAGUUUUGAUCGUUCCUCCUGA